GGUCACACUAAGCACUGAAGAUAAAUUAACAGAAUGUUUUUGAUGAUCAAGUUGUAUGAAAUCAACUGAACUCCUUUGUUUUCUUUCAUCUGAGAGGAGUUUCUGGUUUUCCAACGUGAUAUGAUCUCCCAGCUGGAACAAGGGGAAGAGCCAUGGGUCCCAGAGCUCCAGGGUUCAGAGGAAAGAGAGAUCCUGAGAUCUCCCCGCACAGAUGAGGAAACAUUAAACCAACUCAGAAUCUCAGGUGAUGCAAUGACGUGUGAGGUUCAGCACAGACCAGAAAAAGAGCAGGGAAACCAGCCAGGGGAGAAAAUGGAUAAAUUUAUUUCCUGUCAGGGAACUCAGAAGGGCCUUAAGGAAACCAGAAUACAGCAGGAAAUCUGCAGGGAAAAGCAAAAAAAUACAUGUGCUGAGUGUGGGAAAAACUUCACUUACAGAUCAGGCCUUUCUCAACAUCAGAGAAUCCACACAGGGGAGAGGCCCUGUGAAUGCAAUGAGUGCGGGAAAACUUUCAGUCGCAGCUCGCACCUUAUUGGGCAUCAGAGAAUCCACACAGGGAAGAGAUCCUAUCAUAGAAUCCUAGCUUAUAAGGGUUGGAAAGGACCUCAAGAGAUCAUCUAGUCCAACCCCCUGCUCAAAGCAGGACCAAUUCCCAAAUGGUUCCCUCAAGGAUUGAACUUACAACCCUGGGUUUAGUAGGCCAAUGCUCAAACCACUGAGCUAUCCUCUCCCUCCUGAAUGCAGUGAG